AUGCAUUGCUCGAUCCCGACAUGGCCAACAUCAUCUAAUAAUCCUGCAUCCUUCAUUCCUGUUAUAAUUGAUUACUAUCCCUUUGACUGGGAUAAGCAAAAAACAACUUUUGAAAAUCAACAACCGGAAAGAUGUCCUGGUUGUAGGUAUAUCAUAGAUUCUCAAUGCACGUGGGAAGGUGAAAAGGUUAAAUGCGUCAAUUGUUCCAAGAUAUUUAAGCCAAAUAACAGUAUAUUAGCACAAGAACAAUCACAACACAAAAGAUUCCUAUUUAGGCAACCUAUCACAUACAAUUACAAGCAAAUAUUAAUUUUUGCAAUAGAUCCUUAUUGUUCUGAAAAAGAAAUGUCAUAUAUUCAAAGUUUUAUUACUGUAGCUAUUGAAGCGUUGCCUCCAACACAACAAUUUCUUAUUUGUAUAUUACGCAAGCAAUACAAUGUUUAUGUUUAUGUUUUUGAUAAUAACGUUGUUACCUUUGAUAUUCCACAUAACAUCCUUCUCUCAAAGCAUUUAAAUAUUCGUCGAGAUCUUGCUAACAGAAAUAAUCUCAAGAUUCUUGAGCCAUUUAUUCGAAGUCUACAAGCUGAAACAACUCGUAGCCGUGGAAUUGAUGAUUUAAUCGGCCAACUUAGAGGUGAUGAUACAUGUUUCUCUCGAAUAAUAUUGUUUGGUAAUCAAGGCCAAUUAAGCAAAGAAGAAAAAAAUAUAUGCGUUGACUGGAUUUCUCCAUCAAUGGUUUCAAAUACAUCAUCUAUCAACAUUGAUGGAUAUUUCUUAGAUACAUCGCUUUAUGCAUACGAUUCUGAUACCAGCCAUGAGCAAAUCCGUAAGCUAAUCGAAAAAGCAACAUCCGAAGAUCAAUAUUACAACGUUACCAUUAAAGCAGAGGUUACAAAUUACAGAUGCAGCAAGACAUAUUUCCAAUAUGCUUCUUGCGCCUCCCAUUUCUACCAAACUUUUUUAUUAUCGCCACAUAAAUUUUUGUGUUCGAUUCUUCCAUCAACAUUUGCUGUAGAAGUCAAAUACGAACACUUUAAAGGCGAUCAGGCGUUUACGGAGAUCCAAUGGUGCUCUCAUUCUUAUCCGAAAUCAGAAAACUUUAUUCCUGUCGCUUCUGGGGUCGACGCGUAUCAGCUUAUGCCAUAUUUAAUUUCAAACCAAAUGCUUGGCACAUUUGUUAAAAAUUUAUAUGAAGCAUAUCAGCAAAACGUCAGUAUUUUCCCAGGAGACGAGCCAGAUACUACUUUUUCGAUAUUCCCGAACCUCCAGCUGUUUUUAUGUGUUCAUUACGACGGAAGACAGAAUAUCUGUUCAUCACCUUAUCAAAGUCGUUCUUUUCUCAGUUACCAUAGUAGGUCUGCCUCAUUCUAUCCCAACUUGAUGCUCUGGAAUGACCAGGAAACUCUUGUUGCUACCCGAUGCAUUAUUAAUUAUUAUUUCUAUGUGCAAAUGCAUUCCCCGCCUAUUAUAGUUUUCGAUGAAUCGCGCGCUAUAUCUGUUUUUAUAGAUGAUGAGAUAAUUCCCGGAUCAAAGUUAGAUCACGCGAUCAAACAUGAAGAAGCUGAUCGUUUUCCAAAGCCUGUUAUAAUGAUCCGACCAACUUCUCAAAUUCCUAUGAUAUUCUCAGAAUAUUCUGAAUUAUUUAAGAAAAUUCAGACUGCUCUGAAAAAAGCUUGA